AGAAAAUUCUCAAGACCUUCCUCGCCACGCCAAUCUCCGAUCAAUCUCAUCGCCAAUUCAAAAACCCUUUCCCGAUCACGCCGUAGUCCUCCUCAGAGGAGAAAAAGAAGAAGAUGGGAAUAAUAAGGAGCAGCUUCACAUUCCUGACGGGAACAGUGUGCGGGAUCUACAUCGCUCAGAACUACAACGUUCCUAACAUCAAAACCCUUGGUCGUUGCGCCGUCUCAAAGGCGAAGGAAAUUGAGGAGCUAUAUCGCAAGCCCAAGAGCAGAGACGACGCUUGACAGAUUCCACUUUUGCUUCUCCUCUCUCGUUCUUUGUUUAAUUUUUAUUUUUCGUUUCUUUUGGGAAGGGGUUUCGACAAUCACAUAAAAAAGAGCAAAUUGAAAAUUCUUUUCUCAGAUUGCUGCAGUUUUCAGCUGAUUUGAUCUCUUUAAUUGUGCUAUUAUGUUAUUUGGUUUUGAAGAUUUUGAUCUUAAACCAUGGUUGAGUAGCAUAGAACGAAGGUAGUUCUAUGCGUUACUUUGUUGUGUCAUACAAACCUUUAGAUCAUGAACAUCUUCAGAGUUCAUACGUUAA